UUGAGUCCUAUAUGUAUCCGGUAAGACAAUGGAAUCCUAUAUGUUCCAGGUAAAACAAUGGAGUCCUAUAUGUUCCCGGUAAGACAAUGGAGUCCUAUAUGUUCCAGGUAAGACAAUGGUGUCCUAUAUGUUCCAGGUAAGAAUAUGGUGUCCUAUAUGUUCCAGGUGAUACAAUGGAGUCCUUUAAGUUCCAGGUUAGACAAUGGAGCUCUAUAUGUUCCCGGUAAAACAAUGGAGUCCUAUAUGUUCCAGGUAGGUCAAUUGAGUCCUAUAUGUUCCCGGUAAUACAAUGGAGUUCUAUAUGUUCCAGGUAAGACAAUGGUGUCCUAUAUGUUCCAGGUAAUACAAUGUACUCCUAUAUGUUCCAGGUAAUACAAUGGAGUCCUAUAUGUUCCAGGUAAGAUAAUGGUGUCCUAUAUGUUCCAGGUAAGACAAUGGAGUCCUAUAUGUUCCAGGUAAGACAAUGGAGUCCUAUAUGUUCCAGGUAAUACAAUGGAGUCCUAUAUGUUCCAGGUAAGACAAUGGAGUCCUAUAUGUUCCAGGUAAUACAAUGUAGUCCUAUAUGUUCCAGGUAAGACAAUGGAGUCCUUUAUGUUCCAGGUAAGACAAUGGAGUCCUAUAUGUUCCAGGUAAGACAAUGGAGUCCUAUAUGUUCCAGGUAAGACAAUGGAGUCCUAUAUGUUCCAGGUAAUACAAUGUACUCCUAUAUGUUCCAGGUAAUACAAUGGAGUCCUAUAUGUUCCAGGUAAGACAAUGGUGUCCUAUAUGUUCCAGGUAAUACAAUGUACUCCUAUAUGUUCCAGGUAAGACAAUGGAGUCCUAUAUGUUCCAGGUAAGACAAUGGUGUCCUAUAUGUUCCAGGUAAUACAAUGUACUCCUAUAUGUUCCAGGUAAGACAAUGGAGUCCUAUAUGUUCCAGGUAAGACAAUGGAGCCCUAUAUGUUCCAGGUAAGACAAUGGUGUCCUAUAUGUUCCAGGUAAUACAAUGUACUCCUAUAUGUUCCAGGUAAAACAAUUGAGUCCUUUAUGUUCCAGGUAGGUCAAUGGAGUCCUAUAUGUUCCAGGUAAGACAAUGGAGUCCGAUAUGUUCCAGGUAAGACAAUGGAGCCCUAUAUGUUCCAGGUAAGACAAUGGAGUCCUAUAUGUUCCAGGUAAGACAAUGGAGUCCUAUAUGUUCCAGGUAGGUCAAUGGAGUCCGAUAUGUUCCAGGUAAGACAAUGGAGUCCGAUAUGUUCCAGGUAAGACAAUGGAGCCCUAUAUGUUCCAGGUAAGACAAUGGAGUCCUAUAUGUUCCAGGUAAGACAAUGGAGUCCUAUAUGUUCCAGGUAAGACAAUGGAGUCCUAUAUGUUCCAGGUAAGACAAUGGAGUCCUAUAUGUUCCAGGUAAUACAAUGGAGUUCUAUAUGUUCCAGGUAAGACAAUGGUGUCCUAUAUGUUCCAGGUAAUACAAUGUACUCCUAUAUGUUCCAGGUAAGACAAUGGAGUCCUUUAUGUUCCAGGUAAGACAAUGGAGUCCUAUUAUGUUCCAGGUAAAACAAUGGAGUCCUAUUAUGUUCCAGGUAAAACAAUGGAGUCCUUUAUGUUCCAGGUAAGACAAUGGAGUCCUAUUAUGUUCCAGGUAAAACAAUGGAGUCCUAUAUGUUCCCGGUAAGACAAUGGAGUCCUAUAUGAUCCAGGUAAGACAAUGGAGUCCUACAUGAUCCCGGUAAGACAAUGGAGUCCUAUAUGAUCCAGGUAAGACAAUGGAGUCCUAUAUGUUCCAGGUAAGACAAUGGAGUCCUACAUGUUCCAGGUAAGACAAUGGAGUCCUAUAUGAUCCAGGUAAGAUAAUGGAGUCCUAUAUGAUCCAGGUAAAACAAUGGAGUCCUACAUGAUCCCGGUAAGACAAUGGAGUCCUAUAUGAUCCAGGUAAGAUAAUGGAGUCCUAUAUGAUCCAGGUAAGAUAAUGGAGUCCUAUAUGAUCCAGGUAAGACAAUGGAGUCCUAUAUGUUCCAGGUAAGACAAUGGAGUCCUAUAUGAUCCAGGUAAGAUAAUGGAGUCCUAUAUGAUCCAGGUAAAACAAUGGAGUCCUAUAUGUUCCAGGUAAGACAAUGGAGUCCUAUAUGAUCCAGGUAAGAUAAUGGAGUCCUAUAUGAUCCAGGUAAGACAAUGGAGUCCUACAUGAUCCCGGUAAGACAAUGGAGUCCUAUAUGUUCCAGGUAAGACAAUGGAGUCCUACAUGUUCCAGGUAAGACAAUGGAGUCCUAUAUGUUCCAGGUAAGACUAUGGAGUCCGAUAUGUUCCAGGUAAGACAGGGAAGUCCUAUAUGUUCCAGGUAAGACAAUGGAGCCCUAUAUGUUCCCGGUAAGACAAUGGAGUCCUAUAUGUUCCAGGUAAGACAAUGGAGCCCUAUAUGUUCCAGGUAAGACAAUGGAGCCCUAUAUGUUCCAGGUAAAACAAUGGAGUCCUACAUGUUCCAGGUAAGACAAUGGAGUCCUAUAUGUUCCAGGUAAGACUAUGGAGUCCUAUUAUGUUCCAGGUAAGACAGGGAAGUCCUAUAUGUUCCAGGUAAGACUAUGGAGUCCUAUAUGAUCCAGGUAAGACAAUGGAGUCCUAUAUGUUCCAGGUAAGACAAUGGAGUCCUAUAUGUUCCAGGUUAGACAAUUGAGUUCUUUAUGUUCCAGGUAAGACUAUGGAGUCCGAUAUGUUCCAGGUAAGACAGGGAAGUCCUAUAUGUUCCAGAUAAGACAAUGGAGUCCUAUAAUAUUUAUGAUCCAGGUUUUAACUAUUUCGCAGCCAGCGGGCGUAUAUGGUUAUAACGGUCGAAUGUAUUAAACUUCUUUAUACCAUUAAGUUUACUGCAUGCACACUUUUAUUACGAUAACUAUCUUAUUUCAGGAAAUAAAUGCUCUAAAACACUCCAGUGGCUUGGAGGAUUUAAACAGUUCAAGAUCGCAGCAUAUGCGAAUGCUUGAAGAUAAUGAUGUUCUGGUUGAUAAAAUAAGAGAUAUUAUUCGAUCAGAAAUGAAAGAGGAAAAGAAACAAUUAGACGCCUAUGUGGCCAAUGAAGUAGAUAAAAUGAUAUCAAAGACUUUGGCUGACAUUGACGGAAUUAAAACUGCUUUAAACAUUCAAAUCGGUGUCAUGAAAGAAAGAACCGUCAGCGAAAUGAGAGUUUUAGUCUCCAAACGGUUAGAGGAUGUUGAUUUAGAGACCCGAAAAACUAGUGCAGCGGUUAACAUGAGUGUACAAGCUGCUCUAGAUAAGCUUGAUGAUCAUGGUAAACGUAUGUCACUGAAACUUGAGGAUGAGUUGAAUGUAGCUAAAACAAAUGUUCUAAAUCACGUUCAAAGUCUAAAUUUAAACUUUUCAUCCAACAUUGAAAACCUUUUAGUGCGAACCGAUUCCACUUUAACGACCUUCACAAGAGCCUUUGCGAAACAAAAAAUAAUGAUGAACAACGUAUCAGCUGACAUUGCAAGAAAAUCCGCGCUGCUUGAGAAUGAUGUAAGGCAAGCAGUUAGCGAAAUGAAAGAACACAUGGAAAAUAAAACUUUGGAAAUUGAGCAAGUUCAAUACAUUGCAACUACUAACCUCACAUCAUUUAUUAAAAACGCAUCCAGUUUGAUCGAUCAAAAGGUGAAUGUAAUGGACGAAAAAGAAGUACAGUUAAACCAGAGCGCUACAGAUGCUAUUGUGGCUCUUAGGUUUAGUCAAGAAGCUACUUCUGAGUUUGUGUUGUCUUUAGAACGCAAACUGUUUGAAAAUACAACAGAAAUUCUGAAUCAAACAAACCAGAACUCUAACAACACAUUGAUGGAACUCAUAACACAGUUUGAAACGCUGUCAGAUAAUCUCAACGACCGAGUUAAUGUUAGUUUAUCAAACGUUGUCAACACUUUAGAAACUAUAAAUACUUCAGUUCAUUACAAAAUUGAAACGCAGUUUGGUACGUUAGAAAAUAACGUUAAUGCAAAGCUUAGCCGAAGUGAAAGUGUUCUGGGAGGAAGAAUAUCUUCAAACAGACAAUACACAGACAGUAGUAAAAGUAGUCUCCAGUCGAGCAUAAGUAGUCUCCAGUCAAGCAUAAGUAGUGUCCGGUCGAGCAUAAGUAGUGCGCAGUCGAGCAUAAGUAGUGUCAGGAGCAGUGUAAACAGCGCUAAAACAAACAUUGAUAAAAUGAAAGUGAUAAUGCGUUUACCAGGGAUGCACUUAACAAGUGUGUAUUAUCCAUACAGAGAAGAUGUGUUUGAUUGGUAUUUUCGUUUGACUAACCCUUCUCCUUACGGCUCUUAUGGCAUACAAGGCAUUUUAGGAGUUGGAUACAAUGGUGAAUGGGGCACAGUUUGCGAUGACGGAUUUUCUGGAACACAAGGGCAAUAUAACCUGAAUGUUCUUGUUAAACAAUUCAACUUUAUACAUGGUGAAUAUGUUACAAGCGCUGGAAUGGGGGAGGGGAGUGGGACGAUAUUGAUGGAUGAUGUUGAAUGUAAGUCAGAUUCCACCGAUUUUCGAAGCUGCGACCAUAGAGGUUGGGGAAAGCAUAAUUGUGGUCACCAUGAGGAUCUGGGUCUCAAACUUUGGAGUUAAUACUGUAUUUUAUACUCGCCAUUAGUUCACAAAGUUGAGUGAUAUGUUUACAACGGACAAGGGAAUUAUUUGUAUUAGACUCUUCACUGCUGAUAUUUUUUGACACCAAAGUCUAUAUACAUAUGUUCACUGUAAAGUCACUUGAGCGGAUAUUAUGUCCGUUAGCUGGUUGUUUCCACAUUUUAAUUUUCAGCAAAACCUUUUGUUGUAAACAACUUUCUAGUCUCCAUUUAUAAUUAUCAGACAUUGUUUGUGUAAUAUGUAUUUUUGUUUUUAAUACUACCCUAACAUACUAUUAUAAAUUAAUUUUAUUUUUAAUAACCAUGUCUUAUGUCAUAUUUAAGUAAGUGAAUUUUUGUACAAGUUUGUUUUUCGUUCCAGAUGUUUUACAACUCUUGCAUUAUGUUAUUCAUAAAGAGUUGAUUGUUGCAAUUUUGAACUAACCGACCCUUAAAAGUAAAUAUCUCGGUGAAAUUUGAAGGCAAAUGCAUAGUUUUGAACUUUAAAAAAAGAACACCCGAAAGUACGAUUUGAUAGGGCAAUGUCAAAGUUUAAGAAAUUUUGAAAACAAAAUUAGUUCAAUAUUAAAGUAAUAACUUAUUUGGUACUGUCUUAAACAUGAUAUUCUUAGUAAUUGUAUAUACACGUAUGCUAUAGCAUGUGUAUAGUGUUUUAUUUAAAGAAACAAAGUCCAUGUCGUGUUUUAGCUGUAGAUUUUUUUAAAUUCAUAAUGUGAACACUUGACCAUUUUCAUGAUUUAUAUUGCUUUUCACCUCCAUGUUAUAAUUUACGAAAAGCCGUAGUGUGAGUCGAGCCUCGAGACCCGAAACUUUGAAUGAUUUCUAAUUGCACAUUUCUUUUCAUAAAAUCGACGACGGUGAAACGUGUUGUAUAUAUUAUCAAGAAACUGUUAUUAACACAGAUGUUGUGGAUAGAUGUAAAUAUCCAUUAACUUUAUUAGCAUUUUGACAAUGCUAUUUCGAGGUUCUGUUGCCAUUUCGACGAAAGAAAAUUCUUCAACACAUUGAAUUAAUCCCGUGAGAGGAAGAUAACUGAACAGUUAACCAUGCAGAUGGAGAUGACCCUUUAUCAUGUGUAUACAUCUUUUAGUCAUUGUGCUUUUGUAGUUGUGUGUGUACAUUUCAUUUGAUAUAAUGGUUUUUGGUAAUUGAAGUUUAUUAUUAAAUCAUUUGUAUAAUUUGCAAUUUGUAGUCUUUUUAGGAUUAUUUUUGCAUGUACAGUAACUUUAUACCGCAACAAUACACGUGUUGAAAGAACACGUAUUUAGAGUGUCAGUUCACUAAUAAAGCGCAUAAAC